CAGUAUACACCAGGAUCUAGAAGCUGGAUUUUAAACUCCUAUCUCUCCCUAGAAUUUCAGAGAGUUCUGUUAUGAUCUCUGUAGUAAUUAACAAUUUGGUCGGGGCUUGUUUUUGAAGUCAAUGUGCUCAGAAUUCAGGUAUGUUCUGGAUGUCCUGGAAUUAAAAGGAUUUAGGAGCUCAUGAUGUGCAUACUCUAGGAUAAAUGAAGAUUUACCGAUCACUGGAUGAAGUGCUCGGAAAGUCUUUAAAUGCCAUAGUCAACUGCCAUUUCAAAGAAGAGAAGAUAGAUGGUUUUGGAAAGUUCAUGCUGUUUCUUCAUUGAAUUUUAGAAUGAUUGAAGAUAGUGGGAAAAGAGGAAAUACCAUGGCAGAAAGAAGACAGCUGUUUGCAGAGAUGAGGGCUCAAGAUCUGGAUCGUAUCCGACUCUCCACCUACAGAACAGCAUGCAAGCUUAGGUUUGUGCAGAAGAAAUGCAACUUGCACCUGGUGGACAUUUGGAACGUCAUAGAAGCGUUGCGGGAAAAUGCUCUGAACAACCUGGACCCUAACAUAGAACUCAGUGUGGCCCGCUUGGAGGCUGUGCUUUCCACCAUUUUCUACCAGCUCAACAAACGGAUGCCAACCACUCACCAAAUCCAGGUGGAACAGUCCAUCAGCCUCCUGCUUAACUUCCUGCUGGCAGCCUUUGAUCCGGAAGGCCAUGGUAAAAUUUCAGUAUUUGCUGUCAAAAUGGCUUUAGCCACGUUGUGUGGAGGGAAGAUCAUGGACAAAUUAAGAUAUAUUUUCUCAAUGAUUUCUGACUCCAGUGGGGUGAUGGUUUAUGGACGAUACGAUCAGUUCCUGCGGGAAGUUCUCAAACUACCCACGGCGGUCUUUGAAGGUCCUUCAUUUGGUUACACAGAACAGUCAGCUAGAUCCUGUUUCUCUCAACAGAAAAAGGUCACCUUAAACGGUUUCUUGGACACACUCAUGUCCGACCCUCCCCCGCAGUGUCUGGUCUGGCUGCCCCUUCUGCAUCGGCUGGCAAAUGUAGAAAAUGUCUUCCAUCCGGUGGAAUGUUCUUACUGCCACAGCGAGAGUAUGAUGGGAUUCCGCUACCGAUGCCAACAGUGUCACAAUUACCAGCUCUGUCAGGACUGCUUCUGGAGGGGACAUGCCGGUGGUUCCCAUAGCAACCAACACCAAAUGAAAGAGUACACAUCAUGGAAAUCACCUGCUAAGAAGCUAACUAAUGCAUUAAGCAAGUCUCUGAGCUGUGCUUCCAGCCGUGAACCCUUGCACCCCAUGUUCCCUGACCAGCCUGAGAAGCCACUCAACUUGGCGCACAUCGUGCCACCCAGACCUGUAACCAGCAUGAAUGACACCCUCUUCUCCCACUCUGUCCCCUCCUCAGGAAGUCCUUUCAUUACCAGGAGGUCACCUGAGGGGAUAAGUGCAUCCAGCCCUGUGGCUGAAGAGCAUUCGCUCAUAAAGCUGUAUGUAAAUCAGCUUGACCACGGCUCACGCAUGCUUGAGAGUUCGAACCGGCUCGAUGAAGAACACAGACUGAUCGCCAGGUACGCGGCAAGACUGGCAGCAGAGUCCACUUCGUCUCAGCCGACGCAGCAGAGAAGUGCUCCUGACAUCUCCUUCACCAUUGAUGCGAAUAAGCAACAGAGGCAGCUGAUCGCAGAGCUAGAAAACAAGAACAGAGAAAUCUUACAGGAGAUCCAGAGGCUGCGGCUAGAGCAUGAACAAGCUUCUCAGCCCACUCCAGAGAAGGCACAGCAAAACCCCACUCUGCUGGCAGAACUCCGGCUCCUCAGACAGCGCAAGGACGAGCUGGAACAGAGAAUGUCUGCUCUCCAGGAGAGCCGGAGAGAGCUAAUGGUCCAGUUAGAAGGUCUCAUGAAGCUACUAAAGACCCAGGGGGCAGGCUCUCCUCGCUCCUCCCCCAGCCACACCAUCAGCAGGCCCAUCCCCAUGCCUGUGCGGUCCGCGUCUGCCUGCUCCAGCCCGUCCCACACGCCUCAGGACUCCCUCACGGGGGUAGGGGGUGAUGUUCAGGAGGCGUUUGCACAAAGUUCAAGAAGAAACUUAAGAAAUGACUUACUGGUAGCAGCAGAUUCCAUCACUAACACCAUGUCCUCUCUUGUGAAAGAGCUGAAUUCCGAGGUGGGGAGUGAAACUGAGAGUAAUGUGGAUUCUGAAUUUGCACGGACUCAGUUUGAAGAUCUGGUUCCAUCGCCAACCACUGAAAAGGCUUUUCUAGCACAAAUCCACGCCCGAAAACCUGGGUACCUCCACGGUGGCGCUACCCCCAGCACCAUGCGUAGUGACGUGGUCACAGAAGAUGGGGACCCCUACGUGCAGCCAGAGGAUGAGGACUAUGAAAAUGACUCUGUCCGGCAGCUGGAGAACGAGCUCAAAAUGGAAGAGUACCUGAAGCAGAAGCUGCAGGAUGAAACCUACCAGGUCAGCUUGCAAGGUUGAAUACAAUAUCCUUUUAUCACUCUCCUCUCAAGUGUUUCUGUGUUCUGUGUGAUAAAAUAUCCUCCUUCCCUGCUGAUGUCAAAGAAUCAUCCCGGCCUGUGGAGCAUUACAUUAUAAUCCAGUGGAGAUUUGGCAGACAAUCUUGGGAAUUGACUUUUUACUCUAUUAAUUAGGAAAAUUGGCACAGAGACUUCUGUAACACCAGAGAUGCCCCCGAAAUCUUCUGUGGCUGUGAAGCCUCAUCACCAAUCCACUAACAGCAUCUGAGUUUGCAGCCUCUCUGUCCCUUGAGAAGGAAAAGUCCAGGCUUGCUCAUCACGUCCAGAGAUGGGUCAGCUUCUUAUCAUGCUGUAUUCAAGACCCAAAGAUCAAAUGUGUGUGCUUUAACAAGUAAAGGCAAAACCAUGUAUUAUUUUUUUAAAAAAAGGAAGCAAAACAGAGAGGAGAAAUUCUGCAGCCUUAUAUUUUUGGAAUAGUUGAUUCAGAUUCACGGUGGAAUUCAGCAAGAUACAGCUUAAUUUAAAAUAUCAUUUACAUGGCAUGUGGUUCCCCACCCCCGAGGACCUACCUACAUACAUGGGAAAUCCUCAGUAAUGUGUUUAAUGUAGAGAGAAUAGCACUGGAUUGGCAGGACCACGUGAGUGUAGCCAUCUGAAGCUUAGACUCUGGACCCUAAUAGACCUGAUUUCAAAUACGGAUUCCACCAAAUCACAGCAGCAUAACCUUGACAGAUUAUUAAACCUCUGUGAACCUCUGUUCCCUCUGCACAACAUAUAUCAUGAUACUCACCUCACAGUGGAGUUGUCUUCACCGGGGUGUAGUUUUUAAAGAGUUUAACAUCAUGCCAGACACACCAUAAUUUAUUAUGAGCACACACAUACGUGCCUGGAACCAUGCUUAGUGCGUUACAAGCAGUUUCAUCCUGGGGAGCUGCUGUAGUUAUUUUGUAAGUGUAUGGGAAUCUCCGGGACUCAGAACCAGCUUGCUCUCUGUAUUUUUAUAAACAAAGCUAGGACUCAGCUAUGUGCAAAUAAUUUUAUACACCUUUGGCCACACUGUCUCAUAAGUCGAGCUCCUUUCUCUGGCUCCAGCCAGUGGCCCUUUAGCUGUACCCCAUACGGUUCAGAGUAAAUGCACCUCUCACAUUCUCUGGCUGGCAGGGCCACGGGACUUGUAUCUACCUGAGUGAUGUAGUCUUUCCCACCCAUUGAUUUCAUAAGUCUAUCCGACAGAUGGUAGUAAAGUCCACUCUGGCUGCUAAAUUUAAAAAGGAAUAUAUAGCUCUUAAAUGACAAAUCAACUUGAAAAGAAUACAUCCUAACUCACGCAUUACUGACUGACCCGUCUCAGUCCUCAGGUUAGGAUUAAGCAAGUAGAAAUCGUGACAUAACUGCUGUUAAGGAAUAUACUUUAGGAGCUUUGAGGCCUUUUCAGUGUGAAAAGAAGGAUCUGACUGUCUGCAUUCUAGUCUACCUCCCUUGGAUUUGAGAACGCCACAGCACAUGCUCUCCUGAUUCAUUAUGACCACGGUGAAAAAAUUCCCAGGAGCUGUUUCUGAAAAUAUCUAUUCCGGUUAUAACAAAUCUAGUCCCAAAGGAGCAAGCCUCUCCUUUAACAGCAUUUUCUUUCUCUUAGUGCCAGCGAUUGGAUCGUUUUUAUUCUGCACAUUAUUUAAACAUCAGUAACUAGUUCUUAGAAAAAUAUUUUUCUUAAAAACUAAUGAAAUGUCUUGACAUAAACUCAGAUAAGAAGUGGCAUUUGGGUCUUCUACCUAAAAGCCAAAGAUCUCAGUUCGCUAAAAGUUCUCAGGCCAUUUUUUUUUCAUCUUUUGUUGUCAAUCUGGCGGUGAAAAAUUGAAACAGUCGUGGCCUCUGCCAUUUCCUACCUCCCCAGCGGGCAUUCCACAGGACUCUAAACAUGAACUAGCCUGUCGCUAAAUCAGCUCCUUAGGCCAAAUUUACUUAAAAUCUUCUGGAUCAGUCCAGAAGCCAGUGACUUUUCAUCUUUGUGGCUAGUUCUAUCCUAGUAUAAUUUUUCUUGAGGCAGCCAAGAAAUACAGCUGAAAUCUUGCAACCGUUUAUGCUAUUGAAAUCGAUUUGUCUGGGCUUUCUGAUUGUGCUGCAAGACCAGAAAUUAUCCCAAAGCCGUGCCUUUCUUACCCAAGAGUCCUGAAGCCGGCUUCGUUGCUGAAAGUUCAUUAGGGGUCCACCAAGGCACAGCCCUACAUGGGUACGGGGCAGAGGGUGGGACGCCAAAGAAAUAAACGACCCAUCCUCUGCUCAAAAAGAGCUUCAGUCCUGUUUGAGGGUAAGAAUGCACUCAUCAAUACUAACAGGGGUGAAUAGAGCGAACCUUGCUUUCCAACGAGCCUCUUUGGAAGAAACAGUGUAUGUAAUGUCUAACACUAAAUUUAAGAAUCCACCAAAACACCAUUUGGGCAGACUCAGAUCUUGGAUUGGGCCCUUUUGCCUCCCUCUGGCCACAUGAUACCCCCCUCUCCUUGGCCAGCCACAUCCUAACUUCAGAAACCGGGGGCUUGGGCAAUCGAAAGUGGGUAUUUUUUUCUAAUUAUGAUGUCAUUCUGAUGGUAGGUUAGGGGUCACAUCUGCUGGUCGGCUGAGGACAACACAAAUAUUCCUGUUUGUGUGGCUUCAACCCUCCAGAUGCCUCCAGCGCCCGUGAAGCAAGAGACUCAACACAGAGGAUUCCUGUCCUCGCUGCAGCAAUAGCAGUAGCCCAUAGUGUCCCCGGACGUUGGUUUCGGAUUGUCAGAGGAAGGGAGGACAGAGAGAGAGUGUGUGAAUACGUGUGUGUUGGGGGAGGCGGGUGGGGGGAAUCCUAAGCUUCAUAACCCUGAUUUAGAGGACAGUUUUCAUCUUAAAAAAAGAAAAAAAUCACACGUUCCUUAUUCCCAGGCAAGCUAUAGUCAGACAGAUGAUGAAGGUAACAGGAAAGCUGGUGGUGAAGGAGAGCCCCGCACCCACCCACACAGAGGAGAAGACGCGGCCUGGCAGCAGCCUCAUUGGAGAGAGAGGAGCCGCCCGCACAGCAGCUCCUGACAGACCCCCCCCCACCCCUAGAGACGCGUUCUGCCAACCGGAGCGCAGCGAACUUUUCGUUCUAAGAUUCCUAGUUCUUAGGUGUGUGUUUUGAGAAGGGAAAAAAAAAAAAAAGACUUCUGACGUCUGUUCGAAGCUAACUUUUCAACCACAUCUUCUGUAACAUGGCUCACCCCUGGUUAACAACAAACAAAACAAACCAACCACCGCAAGGACAACAAAAAAACAGAACUACAGCCACACACGCGCACAGAUGUAUCCCACAGGCUGAAAACCCACGCUGCUGUUACUCACGAUGGCAGUGUUAACAAGCAUUUUCAACCUUUGCACAUGAUAUUGAACCUGUUCCGUUUACAAUGACAAUAUUAAUACUGUGUACAGCUGGAAGUUUGAUUUCUGAAUUCUUUGAGAUUUUAGCGAAACAGUUUAUUAUACACUGUACAUUUUUUUUUCCACCACGGUUGGGAAAAAAACAACCACUUGCAAUCAUUCACUAACCCCGAAGGAUUUGGUACCUGAGUGUCCAGACUCAGAGCCCGGAAGCCAAGAAGGGUCCUUGGCCCGCACGAUCCGCAUUUGUCUCUAAGUCUCUGUGAGCAGUGACUUGAACCAAUCACACCAGGAUAAUCCAGUCUUCGGGGCUUCUUUCCAGCUUGGGGUUGUUUUCUUUCAAGAUACUCUAACAAAUCAGCCAUAGAAUUUAGUGUAAAUAUUUUUUUUUCCAAAUAGUUAUCAUACUCAAAAAAAAAAAGGCGACAUUCAAAUUAUAUAGAAUCUAGUUUUUAAAAUCAGCACAGAUCUUCUUAAAAACUGUGAACUAUGUUUUGAAAUACUCGUUACUAAAGCUGUUUAUAAACCACAGGUGCCAUAAUAUCCCCAAACGGACUAAAGUUCUCUCUGCUCUUCCACGGGCUCGUUCCUCUUGUUUUAGCUUUAGGGAGCAUGUCUAACGCACCGCUCAUCCACAGGUUCCCCUAUCAGGCCGUUUGGAGCCCUUCAGCUUUAAAUGUACAGGCUUAAAGUGCGCUUCCAAAUGCUCACUCUCCUUUUAUUUCUGAAUGUUUAUUGCCUUAGCUGGCUUACCUGGUGUUCUGCAUGCAGCCUUCUGUGGUCAUGUGCGAGGAAACAGGCUCUUCUAAGCUGAGUUGGGAUUUUGCACUCAGUGAAAAGCCAGUGUGCAAAAGAACUGUCGAAGAAGGAAGAAUGAAAGCCUCUGUUGACGGUCCUUUAUGAGGGCCCUCGUUGGGGAGCGCUUAACGACCUCCCUUAGGGGUUCUGGGGAAAUGAAAAAAUAAUCCACUUGUUUCAAGAUUUGAUGAGACAAAAAUCCUGCUACAUACUGAAUAUGUUAUACUUAAGUUGGCAACUUCUCUGGCAUUCCUGUCUCCUUUAAAAGAAGGAAGAGAACAUCCGUUUAGAGCAGUGGCUCUCAAAGUGUGUUCCCUGGACCAGCAGCAUCAGCAUCACUUGGGAAUUUAUUUAGAAAUGCAAAUUCUUAAGCCCCAACCCAGGCCUGCUGAAUCACAAACUCUGCAUAUUGGGCCCAACCAGAUGUGUUCUAAUAAGCCGUCCAGGUGAUCCCUGAUGCACGCUAACGUUUGAGAACCACUGCUUUAGGGUAAAGUUGCAUAACAAAAUCUCUAACAAGGCCUUAUUCAGAAUAAGCGAGAAAGGCUCUGAGUCAACCUCAAAGCUUCAGCAAUUCCAUUUUGCUUCCGGGGCUGGCAAAAACCUUCUCCCCCACCCCAGGUAGUCGAUAGUUGGUCUGUGCCCAGCUGAGAAGAGACAUCAGGACACCUUCCAGGUCCCCCUCCAGAGGGCUCUCAGCUGUUCCCGUCCCUGCGUUUGGUCACAAACCAUCUCCUUGGCUGCCCUUUGGAACAAAAUCACUUGCCUUGGGGACCGUAAAGCUCUCUGCCGGCAUUACUAAGAAGCCCGUUCUGUCCGUUGAUGUACUUCAUCAUACUUUCCCCAGAGAACCAGCCUGACAAAUGUCCCUGAAAACAGGCUGACACCAAAGUGGCGCAACUGCACGGUUGUCAGAUUUCUUUGCACAGAUGGGUUUUGUUCUGGGUUUCGUUGGUUUAUCGUAACGUUCAUCUCCUUUCCACUGCCCAUCGUCUGUGAAACCGUACCUCUCUAGAUGGAGCAGGUGGCCCCUCGUGCCUCAUACUCGGUACUUAAAACCACUACAUCCCAGCUACCUACAUUGCUGUCAGCUCUCAAUCAUAGCCAGGUAGUUCUUGAACUCGGAACUCUGAUCCUGCAAGUGGCGCUCAGCCACCGACUGGACCGAGCUGACCUCUGUUGUCACUUUGUGUUUCUCCAUCAAAAUAUUUGUCUAAGGUAUGAACUAUUGGGCUGAUAGCCUUCCCCCUUGUCAUAGCUUUCAUUGCCAACUCCAUCACACGGUUGUCGAUAGCGUCGUACAAAGCCAUUGCAAGGACUCUGCAAACUGCCACCAAUGACCAGUUCCUGACUAACCAGCCACCUUUUCUUUCUCUUAGCGCCACGUCAGCACUGAGACCAGACUCAAGCACCCCUGUCCUGUAACCGAGACAAAAUGGCGUGUAUUGUUUUGGGUUUUUGUGUUUCUUGGCGGGUUUCUUUCCCUGGCUCUCCAAAUUUACCUUUGGGACCUGUUCU